GCCUCUUUCUCUCUGCAGAUCCAAAAGCUGUUUCUUCGCGUUCAUCAUCAACAAAGAUUGUGAUCCUGUCCUCCUUCAUUUCUCUCUACUUCCUUGGAUUCUCCACCUGGUAGAGGCAUUUGGAUUUUCUUCCUUCAAUUUCUAGCCAGAGGUUUUGAUUUCGGUUUCGGUUUCGAUUUGCAAUUUCAAUUUUGUUUUAGGGUUGAUUUGAUCGUCGAUAAAUUUGUGUGCUAAAACAUUUCUCAAAUUGGUGUUGUCCUGUGGCAUUUUAUGAUCUGAGGGUUUUCUGAGGAUAGGGGAAACGUAAAUGGUUUGAUUUCUUUCAUUAUUGUAUAUACGCAUAUAUACAUAUAUAAAUUUUAUUUCUGGAAUGCUGUAUUUGAAGCAACCUUGGGAGGCGGUGUGAUUGGAGUUCGGGGAGAGUUCGACCGACUUUUGUUGAUUAGAAUUGAUGCCGGAAUAAUUGUUGAUUCCCGGGCUCGAGGCUCGGGGAUCAUCAAGUACAAGCAGAAUCAAAUCAAUGGCUGAUGUUUUAGGAAACAACAAUUCACAAAAUCAAAACCAUGGAAUACAGCCUACUUCUCCUCCAUUGUCUCAAGAUAGAUACUUGCAGAAAUUCAGGCUCUACAAGACUCAGGCGAACUUUUAUAUGGUUGGAAGGGACAAAAGUAGAACACACUGGAAAGUUUUGAAAAUUGACCGUUCGGAACCCACAGAGCUUAACAUCCAAGAAGAUUCUACAAUAUAUUCUGAAGAUGAAUGCUCCGAUCUACUGAAGAUGUUGCAUGAAGGCAACACGGCCACAGGGGGAUUGAAAUUUAUUACUACUUGUUAUGGAAUUGUUGGGUUUAUUAAAUUUUUAGGGCCAUAUUACAUGCUCCUCAUUACAAAAAGAAAACAGAUUGGUGUAAUAUGUGGUCACAACAUAUAUGCAGUCUCCAAGAUCGAACUCAUUCCCGUUCCACAUCCGAAUGUUCGACCACAAAGAGUAAACUUCAGCAAGGAAAACAGGUACAAGAAACUCUUAUGCAUGGUGGAUUUGACGAAGGACUUCUUCUUUAGUUACUCGUACAAUAUUAUGAGGAGUCUACAAAAGAACACGUGUGAUAAAAAAACAGGGAAAGUCUUAUAUGAAACCAUGUUUGUUUGGAAUGAAUUUUUGACCCGUGGCAUACGCAAUCUUCUGCCAAACACACUGUGGACUGUUGCAUUGGUAUACGGCUUUUUUAAGCAGACCAAGCUUUCUCUAUCUGGUCGGGAUUUCCAGCUAACUCUUAUUGCAAGGCGUUCACGGCAUUACGCUGGUACCAGAUAUCUUAAACGGGGUGUCAAUGAGAAGGGCAGGGUGGCCAACGACGUUGAGACAGAGCAGAUUGUAGCUGAGGAUGUUCCUGAAGGAGAGGCGUUGCAAAUUAGUUCCGUGGUUCAAAAUCGUGGCUCAAUUCCACUUUUCUGGUCACAAGAAACUUCCCGUCUCAAUCUUAAGCCUGAUAUAAUAUUGUCGAAGCGUGACCAGAACUAUGAGGCUACUAGACUUCAUUUUGAGCAUCUUACCCAGAGAUAUGGGAGUCCGAUAAUUAUUUUGAAUUUGAUUAAGGCUAAUGAAAAAAAGCCUCGAGAAUCCAUUCUUCGUACGGAGUUUGUUAAUGCGAUUGCAGCUAUCAAUCAAGAUCUUCCUGAGGAGAAACAGCUUAAAUUUGUUCAUUUGGAUUUGCAUAAAUUGUCCAGAAGCAGCAAAGCAACAAAUGUUUUGGAACUUCUGGGAAUGGUGGCUACAUAUGCUUUGUUAGUGACGGGUUUAUUCUAUUGUCAACUAACACCUACAUUGCUAUCCAACGGCUAUGAAUUGCCUAGUUUUGAGAAUGUUGAUACUCCUGAUAUAUCUCCAACAUCUUCGAAUAAUGAUAUUGAGAAGCGUAGCUAUGAGGAAAAUGAGCAUUCGGAUGACUCAAACGAAAAAUCUAGCGAGGGCAAUAGCAGCAUUGAAAAUAAUAGGAACCCUUAUGUCAGGCCGCCAUUGAUCCAAAGUGGAGUGCUUCGGACUAAUUGCAUAGAUUGCUUGGAUCGCACCAAUGUGGCCCAAUAUGCUUAUGGCUUGGUUGCUCUUGGGAGUCAGCUAUAUGCCUUGGGAGUAACGACCUCGCCACACAUAGAACUCGACGAUCCGUUGGCUGAGGAAUUGAUGAGUUAUUAUGAGAGAAUGGGCGACACUCUUGCUCAUCAGUACGGUGGUUCGGCUGCACAUAACAAGAUCUUCUCCGAACGAAGAGGUCAAUGGAAAGCCGCCAUACAGUCCCAGGAAUUUCUUCGAACUCUUCAAAGGUAUUACAGCAAUGCAUAUAUGGAUGCAGAGAAACAGAACGCCAUCAACGUAUUUCUGGGGCAUUUCCAACCCGAACCUGACAAAGCUGAUCUAUGGGAGCUCGAUUCGGACCAGCACUAUGUGGGAAGGAACGGAGAAUUAUACAUUGAUGAAGAUGUGGGGUCAUUUUUCAAAAGAUCGUGGUCGGAUGGUCAAAUUCUUCGCAAGAAUACCUCACCUUCGUCUGCCUUGAACAUCAAUAAAGGUUUCCCGGGUGCUGCAUUCCCUAGCGAUGCCAGGGGACAAAUUAAAAUGCUUUUUGAGUCGACGCCAGAAAUAUCAACCUCUGGAAGCAAAUUAGCAUGUUCAAGAUAUCCUCCUCUACUGCCUUCUCGGCAGAAUUUUCUUGACAUACGAAGAAUUGGGUAUUUCGAACAUGAUAUUGGGGAAGGAAAUCAUCGAACUAACUUUGUUGAUUUAGACUGGCUGUCCUCCUCGGGAAAUUUGUGCGAGGAAGAGUUGUUGGAAAGGUCGUUGCUGACGGCAUCUCCCACUGCUGUUCUGUCAUCAGAAAUCGUCUUCAAUGGCAUGAUACUCGGGGAAACAACAACAUCAGCAAGUGAGUGCGGAUCAAGCACGAGGGGACGCGAGAACCAUGGAACUGACUUGUGCGACGAGGCGCUAGAGGAGUAUCCAGAGAGCUUCGUACAUUGGGUGGACAACGAAGCAACAUUGAGUUACUAAAAAGUUUAUUCGCGUCUCCCCCGACAGGUUCAGGUCAAUAAAAAAAAAAAAAGAUCUGCCUAUAGAUAUAUAUAUAUCUCCUCAAA